AUACAUUCAACCCAAGAAGCAAGAAUCGCUAUAUUGUACAAAAGCUAAACCGACGACAUCGACCCAUUCUAUAAGCCCGGAGAGACAAGUGGAAAGAAGGGAUACAAAAUGACCUCGAUGGCUGCUGCUUUGGCGGCUUCUCUACCCACUCCCGUCAUUAGGAGUCAGACCCCUAAAGCUCAAGGAACAAAAGUCCCUCAGAGGUUAGAAGCUGUCGUGGAUCCUGAUGCCAAACUCGGAGUGGAGACUGUAAGGAUGGGAGGACUGGUUUUAUUGAAGAUUAUAAAGCAUUCCACCGACUCUCUCCCUCCACCACCUCAGAAUCUCCAGCAAGAUCGUAAUCCCCCACCUACUACAGCUCUCAGUGCGCACGUGGAUGCUCAAGGAGUUCUGUUGGGAUUAGACUUGGAGGGAGUGAUGGAAGUUGAAGAUUGUUUCGCCCUUCCUGGCGGAGAUACGAAUUUUACAUCCUCGUCAUAUUCCGCCAGACUGAUAGACUAUCUUCGCGCUUCUUCCUCCUCUGACCAGCUACGCGGCGCCUCUUUACCAGACUCCCCCGUCGGUAUCUACCUCUCCACCCAUAACGGAGGGUUUGUCACUCGAUCAACUAUAGAACUGCUCCUCGCUGUUGAGAGGGUGAGCGGACGAGGAAAAGCUGUUCUGGUGAUACACGAUGCCAGCAGGGCUAACGGGAGGGAUUUAAAUUUGAAAGCUUGGAGAUUGAGCGAUGGGGCUAAAGCAGCGGCUCAAAAAGGGAAAUGGGAUGGGCAGUCACUUGUCGAGAACAAACUUACCGCUUCCACACUCCUCGAACCUCUACCCCUUACCAUCUCCUCCCCUCAGCUCAUCUCGGCCUUUUUGACGUCUCUCUCCACCCCUGCACCUUCUCCCAAUCUCAACCACUCCCUCCGUUCGCCAGCUGUGACCCUUUCCAAGAACUUUGAAACUCUGUCCAACCCUCUUCCUCGUUCUCUCCCAGCCUAUCUAUCCGACACUCUCGACUCUCUCACUUUACACGCUCACGAAGCCAACAAUGUAGCCUUUUUGGUCCGACAACAGGCCCGUGAUCGCGCCAAGCUCGAAGCAACGGCCAAGGACAGGGAAGAGGAAAAUCUACGUCGGAAGAAGGCGGGUUUGGGAGAGUUACCACCUGUCAAUGUAACCUCGGGUUCUGCCGCUGGUAAAGAUCCGAAUAGACUCGAGUUAUUAUGUUUGCAGGGUAUGGUGGAUGGUCUGGCCGGGAGUAUGGCGGGGGAAGCGGCGAGGGGUUUGGUCAGGUGUUACCUCUGAUGUGGUUGAUCACCGCCUCGACAUGUUAUUCAUUCACGUGAUGCAUAAUCUGCCUCGUCUC